GACUCUUCAUUGGUUUGGGUAAUUAACUUAUUAAGUGGACUGUAUAAAGCGUACUUCCUUUGUAAACGCUGCGUGUAUGAUAUCAUUAACUAACGACUCUAUAAUGUGUGUGUGUUCUAACAUUGAACAAUUCGCAGUCGGCACACAAUCCGAGGACUUUAAUAAUGAAUCAACAAGAACAAUCGGCAGUCCGGAGUGUUGAGCAAUUAAUAUUAGACAAUCUGGAUGUAAAAGAUAUCGUUCCUUUCCUGUGGCAGCAUGGGUUAGCGAGUCAAAGCGUGACAGAAGAAUUCCUGGAACUUAACGAAACAAGACGGUCUAAAUGUCAGAGGUUUCUAAAUUACAUUUUGUUUGUCGACAACAAGUGUACAUUCGAAGAUCUCCUUAGUGCUCUGAGGUUUAAAAAUGUGUAUAAUUUUAUUGCGGAUCAGUUACAGAAAGCAUUGGUUUCAAUGAUGGAUUCAAGUGAUGAUAAGCAUGAACAAAAUAUGGAUGUUAAUUCAAUAACACAGAUUAAUGAGCAGCCACGCCAUGAAAUGUUAUGUCAGAAUGUGCGUAAAAUCGAAAUAGUUACAAGGAAGAGAAUAAGUGUUGUUUCAGUGCAACUUAAACGAUUAAGUCUAAAUGCAGAAUUUGACACUAUAAGAAAGAUAGCAAGUGAUAUAAAGACAGCAUAUUAUAAAAACCGAACGAAAAGUAAUGUACAAAUCACAGGCAAAAUGUGUUUAGCGGAUAUGCAUUUUGUGUCAUUGGAAACAUUAUUUGGCAUGAGACGUGAGCAAUUUAAUAACUUAGAGGAUGCAAAUGACUUUUUAAAAGAAAUGAAUGAGUUGAUACCAUUUACCAAAGAUCCGGCUAUAAGUAGCAUGAUUUAUCUAGCAAGGCUUGGUUCAGCAGUGGCAAUGGAAACCCAAAACGCUCAUGCAGUUGACGAUGGUUUGUCAUACUUGCAAUUCGCAAAGGAACAUGCCGAACACAUUUCACCUGGUAAAGACACGGGCAUGGUGUAUUCCAUUGAGACAAAUCUCCUUUUUGAGAAAUACGAAAAAGAUCCUUCUAAUGAAAUGAAAACCAAACUGUUAAACACUAUUGACAUUGCAUUGAGUCAUUUCUCUCAAGAAAGCGAGGACGUGAAACGUGAAUUAAAAAGGCAGCUUAUGAUUAAAAUGGCGUACUGCUACCUUGGAUUAGGUAUUUUGGGAAACAGACUCGACAAUGUUGGAAUCGAAAACAGUGAUUUGGUGAAAGCAAAACAUGUAAUCGAUUUUAUUGAAACGUCGGAAAUGUGGAAUGGGAUAGAAAAGCGGCGAAAAAUGCUGUUUUAUCACAUGAAAGCAGAAUAUUAUAGACAAACCGGUAAUAUUGACUCCUCCCGCAUGUAUGCUCGACAAGCGAACCGCAUGGCAGAGAAAUAUCACUGGACUAAGGAAUUGCCAAAUACUGUCUCGUUGCUGAACGGACUUGGUUCAAAGGCCAAACCAAUUGAGACAAAGGAGGAAGACAUAUACGAGUUAUUAGAAGAAGUUAUUUCAGAUUAAACUGAAAUAUCUGUGCCUUUCUUUAUAUUUGACAUGAUACCAUUUACAAUCAGGUACCAUUUAAAUAAAGCGUCUUUAUUUAAUAGUAAUCGCUGACCAUGACACGGUACCACGAUCAACACUUAAAUAUUAUGUUCGUUCAACAAAUGUUUUACUCAUAAAAGAACGAAUAAAUGUGUGUCAAAUACUGUAAGUACGUUCCGUAUUUCAUUUACUGUUCCUGUUUGUUCUAGUUUAAUAUUAUCAACAAGAUAUACCAUCUUACGUCGUUGUAAUAAAAUACACAUACAUGAUAAGAAUG